AUGAAGUUCUACUCUGUCCUCCUCUUCGUCGCCUCCGUCGCUGCUGUCGCUCUCGACACCGACGUUCCUCCCGAGCUUCACCAGCCCGGCCGCCGCGGCGUUGACUGCGGAGCUUGCGCUCGCCUCAACUUCUGCCCCGGCAAGCCCAACAACAACGUUGAGUGCGAGCUCGACGGCUGCUGCAAGAAGUAA